AUGGCAUCACUCAUAUCCUCUGUACUGUCGGCAUCCUCUUCGACCUCCUCCAAGCCCGAGCAAUAUGAAAAGGGCUUCAAGCCCGACCCGUCCGCGGAGAAGCGCGAACAGGGAGGCGAGGGUGCUCGACCGCCCGGCCAACAACACAAGAUGCACACCGAGCCCUUGAACGAUGUCUACGUGGAUGGCACACCGUAUAAACCUUCCGGCAAGCUUGAGGGCAAGGUCGCGCUUACCACCGGCGGCGACUCCGGUAUCGGACGUGCGUUCGUCAUUCUAGCUGCGCUUGAAGGAGCAGAUAGCGCCAUCGUUUACCUACCAGCUGAGCAGAAAGACGCCGAGGACACUCGCGCCGAAGUCGAGAAGAAGACGAACGGCCAGCGAAAAGUCCACCUCAUUGCCCUCGACGUCAAGUCCGAGGCCAACUGUCGCAAGGCCGUUGAUGAGACGCUUCGCGUCUUCGGCAGGAUCGAUGUUCUGUUCAACAAUGCGGCACAGCAACUCGAGAACCACGACAUCCUCACGCUCGACAGCAAGCAAUGGGAGGAUACCUUCCAGGUCAACAUGCACCCGAUGUUCUACUUCUCGAAGGCCGUCAUCCCGCACAUGAAGCCUGGGUCGAGCAUCAUCAACAACGCCAGUAUCAACGCCUAUAUUGGCCGUCCCGAUUUGCUUGACUACACGAGCACGAAGGGUUCCAUCGUCGCGUUCACCAAUGGCUUGUCGAAUCAGAUCGUUGGAAGCAAGGGUAUCCGCGUAAACGCUAUCGCGCCGGGUCCGAUCAUUACGCCUCUCGUCCCGGCUACCUUUUCGGAGGAGAAUCUGAAGGGGGUCGAUAGCACGCCUAUGGGUCGUCCUGGUCAGCCCAUCGAGUGCGCGGCCCCUGUGAUCUUCCUUGCCAGUCGCGAUGCGUCGUAUAUCACGGCUCAGACCAUCCAUGUUGAUGGUGGCGCGUACCCGACGUAG